AUGUCUCACCAAGGAGCUGCACUUCAGAACUAUAAUAAUGAACUUGUUAAAUGCUUUGAAGAGCUUUGUAAGAGACGAGAAGAUUUACAGCGACAGAUUCAACAAGAUGAAACUGAACGCGCUAAACUUCAAAGGGAGAUAAAUGUUCUCAAUGAUAAGCUUACCAGAGUAAAUGAAUCGUUGGAGAAAAAACUAUCCACACGGAAUGAGUAUGACAGAACGAUCGCAGAGUCUGAGGCAGCUUAUAUGAAGUUCUCAGACUCUUUUAACUGUCCUAAAAAGGGAAGGUCAAAAUAUUGUCCAAAAGGCAACGGCGAAAAAUGUUCCGUUUUAG